GCAUUUUUUUGUUUAGGCUGGGAGCUUGUCAGCUGUUGGCAUUUAAAGACAGACUAAAAUGCGGUGGAGUUGUCUGCUGAGGUGCAGGUGGUAACAACCUUAUGUUUAUGCCAUAAAGGAUAUUUUCUAUUUCCGAGGAAACUAAAUUUACCCGAUCUUGUAUUUAGAGUGCUGCGCGCGAGCUCACCAUGAACAUGCACUUUGAAGGAUCCACUAGUGUCACUCUCUUGUUUGAUUUCUGGGACGUUCAUGGGCCUGCAGGGAUGGUGUUGUCAGUGUUUGUGGUUCUGCUGCUCACUGUGUUCUAUGAGCUUCUGAAAGUGUGGAAGAUCACACUGGAAAAACCAAAACAAUCUCACAUCGCACAUCCCUCCAAUCCGGUGUCAUUCACGCCUGAUCAUUCCUGCUUGGCUCCUGUCAUGAGUUGUCAAGAUGGAAAUUCUGCUCUGGCCAGCAGUCCAGAGAUCUCAUUAGCUCCCACUGAGAAUACGGUUGACAUUGCUGGUUCCACAAGCACCGCUAAGAGCUGGCUUUAUCACACUCAGACGGCCAUACACAUGCUGCAGGUGACACUAGGCUACAUGCUGAUGCUCUGCGUCAUGUCCUACAACAUUUGGAUCUUCCUGGGGGUCAUCCUGGGCUCCGUCUUGGGAUACUUCCUGGCUUUUCCUCUUCUGAAACAUGUCUGAGAUGAACAGAAGAUGGAAUGGAGAAGGAGAUGCAGCGGCCCUAAAUCCUUGUGGUCUCCAGUUCAACAGUAAUGGGAAACUGUUUUUAAAAACGUUGUCAAGCUUAUGAACGUGAUUAUUAUUAGUCUGUGUAUCUCGUUCAGACAGGGAUGAUUUGUAUUUUUACCAUUUUUAUGACGAUAUUUUAAAGAUCAUGCUUGAAAUCUAUUUUACCUGAGGUGAAAUAAGGCAGCAUUCUGCUAUGUAAAGAUGCGCUGAUAGUGUUUAACAGUUAGGUGUUAGAUUUUAAACAUCAUUGAGUGAGCAAGAACGUGUUAAACAACAUGUGACUGUACAUUUGGGUUUUUGAAAUCUGCCAUGACGAUGAUGUUAUAUUGACGGAUCACAUGAUCUCCCAUUUAAACAGUUCGUUUCAGCACUGGGCUAAAUGGUGAAGGUCCCUACUGAGAGAUGAAGCUCAUUUCUGUUAAACUAAACAAUGUUUAAAUUAUACUGUAAAAUUUGCUUACAUUUAGCUAGUGGUUCUCCAACAUAUGGAGUAAUCACACCAGUUUCAAACCAUGUGACCGUUUGUCAUCUCCUUUCUGAAUCAAGAUCAUUCUUGUGUUAUAGUGGAAAUUACAGCUGAACGGGGAACAAAAGUCAUUGGUUGAAAAGGAGAUAGUCAUGUGGCCUUAGUUAAUAUUCUCCAACAACACAGACAUGUUGGUGAGUGAAUAACCGAAAGCAGGAAUUGAAGCAUGAAAGGGAGAAUGUGAAAAUUGUAUUUAAUUGUGUGAAGGCUGUAUUACACAUACAAUCCUUGCCACUUUGAUUUAACCCCACUAUUAAUAAAACAAGGCAUUUUUUUGUCAGACAUUGUUUUUGCAUUUAUGGCUUCUGGAUUUACUCAGUGUUUUAGGUGAGAUGUAUUUUACGGCAAAAUGUAUUAAAAUAGUAUAAUGUUUGUAA